AUGACGGGUGAAACAAUCUCGUCGUAUAGCUUCGACCAUGUGAUUCUGUUGCUGGACACGACGGACUUCGAGAGCCUGCCGUCAUGGUUGAGUGACAAUUUUACCGUCAUUGAGGGCGGGACACAUGCCGGCGGCUCCUCCCGGAACAAACUCAUCAUCUUUCCUGACGGUACUUACAUCGAACUGAUAAAUUGGAUCACCGAGCCCAAAGAAUUCUUCGACUGGGCACCAAAAUCACCCGGGCUGAUUGACUUUGCACUCACGACACCCUCUUCCGCACAGGACACCUUUGACGAGGUUAUGCGGCGCUUAGAGUCGAAAACACAGCCUGCUUCCCAAGCCCAGACCUCCUCGACAGAGGGAAUCUCAGAAUCCGAUACUGGUGCUGGUGACGGUGGACUGGGAGUGCGUUAUAGGCCUCCCCUCUUUGGCGGUCGCAAGCGCAAAGAUGGCCAAGACGUCCAAUGGCAUGUCACGAAGCCGCUCCUGGACGAUUCUGCGGAAAACGUACCUAAACCGCUGGACAAAUACUUCCCAACGGGACGACUCGAUACGCCAUUCUUCUGCCACGACGUGACGGAUCGGAACCUGAGAGUGCCGUACUCUGAAAAAGAAAUAUCCGAGACGCACCCCUGUGGGGCGAGGGGGAUCCUCUCAGUCGAGGUACUCGUCCCCGAGGAGAAGAUUGACAGCUACAUACGCCUGUAUACCGCCGUUCUCGGCAUGAAACCGAAAGUCCAGGGCGGGUACAGGUACCGUCCGACCACGAGCGUGAGCUUCUUGCUCAGCACGCCAAAUCCGGACGAGAAGGCCAUGGGGCGCCUAAAAGGCAGGGUUGGCGUCGUGAUUCGCGCACCGAGGGAUCAAGAGGAUGAAGCGUGGUUGAAAGAGAGGGGCGUGGGGAUCAGAGAGGUCAGGCUUUUCGCCGAGGCAAAGGGCGAGGACGAGGUCGAUGAGAUUCCUCUGGACAGCGAGGGGAUCGGAGCGAGUUUGGUGCUGGUGAAAGAGCCGGUGGGGUUUUGGGAGGGCGGAUAG